AUGUUGCCACCAGUUCUUAUUGUUUCAAUAAGUAUUAUGACUAUUGAGAUUGUUGUUGGAUUUAUUGGAAAUGGAUUUAUUACAGCUGUUAAUAUCAUUAACUGGAUCAAAAGCAAAAAAAUUUCUUCUGCUGACAUGAUUCUGAUCUUUCUGAGCACAUCAAGAUUUAUCUUGCAGGUGACCGUAAUGAUGCAUAUUCAUAAUCUCUAUUUUGUGGAUGAGUUAACAUUUGCUUCCCUAAGCAAAGCUUUUGAGACUGUAUGGAUGUUUGUAAAUCAUGGCAGUUUAUGGUUCAGUAGCUGGCUUUAUGUGCUCUACUGUGUAAAAAUUAUCAAUGUCACCCAAUGGCUGUUGCUUCAAAUCAAGCUUAGAAUAGCUAGGAUGGUCCUGUGGCUGCUUCUGGGAUCACUGGUGAUCUCUUUUGGGACUUCUUUUCCUUUACUAUGGAUUAGACACAGCACUUACUUCUGCAACUCAACAGGGAGCUGUAGAGAAAACAGCACAGCCUAUAGCACUGGCUGGGAUAAUUCAUAUUUCAACCCGUUGCUUCUUCAUUUUGUAGGUUGCAUUUUUCCUCUAGUAUUAUCUGUGCUAGCCUCAGCCCUAUUAAUUAUUUCUUUAUGGAGACACACAAAGAAGAUGCAAUGCUACAUAGAUACUUUCAGGGAUCCUUUGACAGAUGUUCACCUAACUGCCAUUAAAUCCAUUAUUUCUUUCUUGAUCUUAUAUCUUUCCAGUUUUGUAGCUCAAAUUCUGUUGAUGCUAUCAAGUCAAAAAGAUACUGUGAAAAUUGCAGUAUGCUUAGUUGUAACUGGAGCAUAUCCUUCCAUACAUUCUAUUAUCCUUAUCAUAGUCAAUUCAAAACUGAAAUUAGCAUUUAGGAUCCUUUGCCAGAGUUUUAAGUGCCAUUUGGAAAAUAUGGCUCUAAGCUCCAUAUUAUAG